AUGGCGGCGGUGCCCCUGCGGCCCUGGCGCGCCGUCGGCCGCCUCCUGCCGCUGCUGUGCGGGGGCACGAGGAGCAAAGGGGCCUCCCUGAGCCCCGGCGCGCCGGGCCGCCUGCCCCAGCGCCGCUACAAGAAGGACGUGCUGCCCUCCCCCGACGGGCCCGUGCCCUCCGUCUCCAUCACCGAGAUCCGGCAGUACCUGCGGGCACAGAGCAUCCCCUUCCACGACGGAUACAGCUGCCUGCACACCCCCAGCCUGUUCGCCGACGGCCGGGAGGACCAGCCGCCUCCCUCCAGCGCCCCUUACACGCUUUUCAUUGACAAGACGACGGGCAGCUUCCUGUGCACGGCCACGCUGGCCGAGGGCACCUGGCAGGACUUCCAGGCGCACGUGGAGCUGCGGCACCGCGGCGUUCCCGCCGCCAGCUCGGUGGUAGGGGCGGAGGAGGAGGCGGCGCGCCAGGUUCAUGAGGAUGCCCGCUGCAUCUGGGACCGGGCGCUGCCCCUCUGGCAGCUGCUGGACGAGGAGGAGACCAGCCACACCAAGGCCACGUUCGGGAUCUCCAUGGUGACGGACGCCACCCUGAAGCGCUUCGGGGUGCGUUAUCUGAGGACUGCCAAGGCCCUGGUCUUCCCCUGGUUCAGCCCCCGCGAUGCGACCCUGAAGGGCCUCAAGCUUCUGAGAGUGGAGAAGAAGGGGGAUGGGACAACUUACGUGGAAGAGACUCUGCCCCGCUUCGAUUCCUAUCGCAACCUCUUUGGUCUGCACCUGUUAGGGCGCCGAGACACAGAGCUGGUGUUGACUGGGUGGGAGCUGGAUGCCCUGGCCCUGCACCAAGCCACUGGGGUGGUCAGCCUGGCCCUGCCGCGAGGGACCACCUGUCUGCCCCCUGUCCUCCUCCCCUACCUGGAGCAGUUCAAGCGCAUCACGCUGUGGCUGGGCGAGGACCUGCGCUCCUGGGAAGCCGCCAAGCUCUUUGCCCGCAAGCUCAACCUCAAGCGCUGCUCCCUGGUGCGCCCGGGCAACCUGCAGCCCCGGCCCUUGGAGGCUCUGAACCAGGGCCUCAACCUCACCAAGAUCCUGCGUGACGCUCUGCCCGCCAGCCACAAGUCCAUCAUCUCCUUCCGGCAGCUGCGUGAGGAGGUGUUCGGGGAGCUGGUCAACACCGAGCAGGUGGCCGGUGUCAAGUGGGCGCGUUUCCCGGACCUCAACAGGCUCCUGAAAGGGCACCGCAGAGGGGAGCUCACUGUCUUCACAGGCCCAACAGGCAGCGGGAAGACAACAUUUAUCAGUGAGUACGCGCUGGACCUGUGCAUGCAGGGGGUGUGCACGCUGUGGGGCAGCUUUGAGAUCAACAACGUCCGCCUGGCCAAGAUCAUGCUGACCCAGUUUGCAGCCCAGCGCCUGGAGGACCAGCUGGAGCUGUACGACGAGUGGGCCGAUCGCUUUGAGGACCUCCCGCUCUACUUCAUGACCUUCCAUGGCCAGCAGAACAUCAAGACGGUGAUUGACACCAUGCAGCACGCUGUCUACAUGUACGACAUCACCCACGUGGUCGUGGACAACCUGCAGUUCAUGAUGGGACAUGAGCACCUCUCUGUGGACAGGAUCGCUGCCCAGGACUACAUUGUUGGUGCCUUCCGCAAGUUUGCCACGGACAAUGCCUGCCACAUCACCCUGGUCAUCCAUCCCCGCAAGGAGGAUGAUGAGAAGGAGCUGCAGACAGCCUCCAUCUUCGGCUCUGCCAAGGCCAGCCAGGAGGCAGACAACGUCCUCAUCCUGCAGGACCGUAAGCUGAUGACAGGUCCAGGGAAGCGUUACUUGCAGGUGUCCAAGAACCGCUUCGAUGGGGAUGUGGGCGUCUUCCCCCUGGAUUUCAGCAAGGCCUCUCUCACCUUCUCAUCCUCUGGCAAGAGCAAGGUCAAGCUGAAGAAGAUGAAGGAAGAGAAGGAGCCUUCAGCCAAGAAAGCUCCAGAGGGAGCCUCCAAGAAAGCUCCAGAGGGAGCCUCCAAGAAAGCUUCAGAGGGAGCCUCCAAGAAGCCGUGAAGUCUCUUCCUUGGUCUUUCAGGUGGGAUGGAGGCUGGUGCUGGGAACACAGGACCAGGGCACCACAUGCUACCCCCAGGGGCAGCACCUAUGAGCCACUCUGACUUUCUUUCCUGCAUGAACAAUCCUCUUGGCCACCAGCAUGGCGUCUCUGAGGCGAGAGGAGUGGGCUUGUGCCAGAGAAGAGUGGUGAAGGCUGGCUGCUCCAUCCUAGUGCUGAGUGCUGGGAGCACCACGGGGCAGCAGCGUCGGCAUGGGCUGGGGCACUGACCUGCAGCCCCGGCACUUGAGGAUCUGUGGGCCCACAGCAGGUCCUUAAAUCAUGGGUAAAAUGGAGCUGAAAUCAUGGUCUGUCACUAGUGGGACGGAGUGUGUGUGGGACACUGGGCAGAGGGACACAUGGCAGGAAACCCCUCCUUAUGGGUAGGAGUCUCUGGGAUUGAUCCCGGAUGGAAUGGAGCCAGUGAGGGGAAGGUAGUGGAGGGAAUUGAGGAGACUGGGGGUGGCUCUUGCCCUAGAGCUGUGCAUGUGGUGGGACGGUGGGAGCUGGACCCCCAGGGCACCACCACCUACCCCCUGGGCACCACUGCUCACCCAUAGCUGGCUGAGGCAGUGCUGGGCAGCUGCAACAUGGUGCCUGACUCAGACCCUUUUCCUCAGGGUCUCACCCAGCCCCUUUCACUGUGGGGGGCAUCACCAGCAAUAAAACCUAAGUGGGAGCAGCCCUGCCUUGCUCUGCCAGGCUCAGGGGAGCAACUACCCCCGUGCCCUCUGGCUGCGGGUGACAAAUACUGUGACCUGGCCAGUCCUCGCCGUGGUGUGACAAGUCCACGGGUGGAUCUUGGUCUAAUUCCUUUGGGUUUUCCCUUUCCUCAGUUUUAUUAAAUCCUAAAUGUGA